AUGGUUAUCGCUAUCAAUGGCUUCGAGGCGCUCUAUUAUAUGAAUAUAUGGCGGAUCCUAGCCGACCUCACGCACUCCCUGUCGAAAUGCAUUCUCAUCUUCGCCAUCCACCGCAACAAGAGCUCUGAAGGCGUCUCCGUCAUCUCCCAAGCCCUCUACGCCCUCGUCUUCUGCACCCGCUACAUCGACCUCUUCUGGAAGAACCCGCGCGACAACUACUGGAACUUCAUCUUCAAAAUCUUCUACAUCGUCUCCUCGCUCUACAUCCUCUUCCUCAUGACCCGAAUUUUCGCCCGCACCCGCGAGCGCGAAGUCUCCUACCGCCUCGGCGCAUACAGUCUCCUCGGCGCUUUCGUCCUCGCCCCCUUUAUCACCAUGAUCGCUGAGAAGGCGUGGGGUCCGCGAUUCUCUCAUAUCGUCAUCAACUUCUCCCUUAUCCUCGAGAGUGUGUGCGUUUUGCCGCAGCUGCUUCUCUUGCGCCAGACUACAGUGCCGACGGUUAUAGACUCGUAUUACCUCCUCGCGUUGGGCGCGUAUCGCGCGCUGUAUAUCUGUAACUGGAUCGAGCGGUACGCCUCUGCGGACCCCGUUAAGCCAGAGGCUGUGGCGGUUAUCUUUGGCAUUAUACAAACACUACUAUACGUUGACUUCGCAUGGGUGUACUACUCACGCCAACGCGUGAAGCUUCGCAGUGGCGGAAUCGUAGACGCCGAUGAUCUCAGCAGGAGCUGGAUGUUACGGCGAGUCCUUCGACGCGGCCGUGACAGCGAGGAGAAUGACGAGGAAGCAAGGCCAGCGCUAGGGGGUGAUGAUGCAGAGUAUGAGCAGAAUGUGUCCAGGAGGGAGGGGUCGAGGGGACGAGCGGGGGGUUGGGGGAGGAGGGGAAUCAGUGUUAGUGCUGAUGAUGAGGUUUUGGCGGCGGAGAGGGGGGAGGGGAGCCCGAUUGCGACGGAUGCGAGGAUGAGGGAUCCGGACGAGUUGGCGAGGAUUUUGCAUGAUGAGGAUGACAGUGAUGUGGAGGUGGCUGGGGCGCCGAAAGCUACGCCGGUUGGGGGGGAGGAGUGGAGGGAUAGGUCUUAGCUGGAUGUGGUGGUAAGGAGGCGGUGUGAUUGGGGAAGUCGGGUUGUUUGAAACCACCGGAUGAGAUUGGUAUUAUACAAUAUGUUAAAUGAAAUGAUAUUAUACCCAUG